GAGCGGGACAGAGCGUGCUUUGUUUUGUUUUCCUCCACUGGAAACAAACUUCCCCUUUUUCCAGCCGAUAAGCUGCCCCGCAGCAAACAACAAAAAUCAGCCAAUUGCCAAAGGAAGGCAAGGAUAACAAGAAAAAAAACAAAGACAGUGCAACAGUGGAGCAGAGAAAUUGUUUUCGUGCCAUCUUUUCCACGGUGUGAAAAGGCUCGGUCCAGGCCGAUCGACGCAUCAUGCGUUAAAGGCGAAGUCGAGCAGCCGUUUCUUCUCCCGUGCUUCAAUGUGCUACGAGCCGAUGUCUGAUUAUUGUGCGAAAAUGGCUCUACUGGACGACACAAACGGCAACACGGUCAACAUCAACAACCAGCCCGGUGUGGAAGGGGCCGGCGACGGGUGCACCGUGGGCGGUGGGAUGGCCCCAACGACUGCCGAUUCGGUCGCGAUGCUGCACUCCCCCUCGAACGACGAUCUGAGCCAAAGCCUGUCCGAGUACACGGACGCCGACGAGAGCAUAUCAGCCCCGACCGAACUGCUGGCCGAGUUUCUUUCUGCCAUUAUGAUACGUGACUACGUGAACGCGCUCAAGUACUGCAAGCAGAUACUGCAGUACGAGCCGAACAACACGACGGCCCGCGACUUCUAUCCCCACAUCCUGUCCAAGAUAAGUGAAAUGCAGAGCAACGAGCAGUCGGGGGAGAGCGACGAAAACUACAACUUCAACUGCAGCUCGCCGCUGGCAUCGUCCGGCUCGACGCCCUCGUCCUGCUCCGUCUCCUCGUCGCCCGGCUCGUCCUCCCGCUCCUCCUCCCGCUCGUCCUCCGGUCCGUCCUCGUCCGGGUGCGACGGGCCCAUCGACGAGGUGAUCAUGGUGUGCAGCAGCGACAGCGACGAAUCGUCCGAAGCCUGCUGCUCCUGCCCGGAGGGCUCGGAGGGCGGCCGUCCAAAGGUGCCCGCCGGCGACCGCCAUCCAGCGGGGAAUGAGGGUGCCGCCGGCGUGGCGCUGCCAGUGCAGCCGGUCGCAAGGAGGGGCUCGCGAUCGCAAAGCGACAACAACACGUCCCAGUCGUACUCGAGCCUGCUGCUGGAGGACGAAGAGAAGGAUCUCACCCUGUCGGACAUUUCCAAUCUCAACAUCGAGGAGGAUGAAACAUCCAACGACUGUGGCGGAUCGCAGGAAAACAGCUACACGCCGCUCGAUGCAGUAGCGGCCGCGCCGGCCGUCAAGCCGCCCGUCCCGAGCACGAACCUUGCCACUGCCUCGGUCUUCGCGUCCCGGCUGGUGGCCAUGCUGCGGUCCAAAGUAAUACCCUCCCGGACGGGGGGCGGUGAGUGAGGGGGAUGCAUCGUACAAAUCGAAAGUUUGCAGUUUUAUUUCACGCACACAUUCGAACGCAUUUUGGAUGCUUUUCUUUGCCUUAUGUAUUCCUUUCCAUUGAUCUCUCCGUACUAGAGUGUGCGUGGAUGUGUUUCUGUGUGUGUGUGUGUAUGUGUGUAUGUGUGAGCCAUUUAGUACAACUCUAAACUAAAUACGUUUUGCGUACAACACUCUGGUACACUGACUAGUUAGCUUAGCAGCUAGCGGCUAGGAAAUUUAGUUUAGGAAUUAGUUUAAACUAUAUAAAUGUAUGUGUGUUUGUAGGAAGGAGGCAUCUAAAAAAAGAUAUUUAACUAUGUGCAGUACAGAAAAAAAGGCAUACAUUUUGAGCCGUCCAUUUUUUUUCUGUUGCACAUGUUUCGCUUUCCCCCAAUAUUGCACAAGUUGGCAUAACUCCGUUUAGUAUCGGUUUUCUCACUUUUCAUUCGACAU